GCCUCUGGAUCUCUCUUCAGGAUACAAAUUUAGGUGUAAAGAUGCUCAAAUGGAGUAACAAAAUGGAGGCGAAGCUGUGGCAGUGACUGCCUGAAAGCGGGUGGAGCUAUCGGAGCACACAGCCCAGAGCAAAGGAGGGAUUCACCUUGUCUGCUACCCUGAGCCUUCUGCCAAUCCCAAAGGAUCUGGGAGCACAUGGAAGGUUGGUUGGAGAGCAACACUCGGAGCGGCGGGCGGCAAAGCAGCGGAUAAAGAGGAUAAUAACCGUACCAGCUUCACCAGCCUGUGGAGAGAACAGCUGAAGAGAGCAUGUGAAAUUGCUGUGAUGAAUAGCAGAAGAGGGAAAGGCUUCUUGCAGUGAGAGAGAUCUAAGCAGCACAUCAGGCCAGGAGGCAAAGAGAAAAAACUUUUUUGGAUGUAACCAGGCUCCCAAAAAGGCAAAGAAGAAGAUAGAAGGUGGCUCCAAUGUGUUCUCUAUGUUUGAACAAACCCAGAUCCAGGAGUUCAAAGAGGCUUUCACCAUCAUGGAUCAGAACAGGGAUGGCUUUAUUGACAAAGCAGACUUGAGAGACACGUUUGCUGCACUAGGUCGUCUGAAUGUCAAGAAUGAAGAGCUUGAAGACAUGGUGAAGGAGGCGCCAGGUCCUAUUAACUUCACUGUCUUCCUUACUAUGUUUGGGGAAAAGCUGAAAGGCACGGACCCAGAAGAAACCAUUCUGAAUGCUUUUAAGAUUUUCGACCCAGAAGGAAAAGGCCGCAUAAAGGCAGACUACAUCAAAGAAAUGCUGAUGACACAGGCAGACCGGUUCAGUCAAGAAGAGAUCAACCAGAUGUUUGCUGCUUUCCCUCCAGAUGUCUCUGGUAACCUUGACUAUAAGAACCUCUGUUAUGUUAUCACCCAUGGUGAGGAGAAAGACUAAGAGCAGAGAGAUGAGCUUCUCCUGUGGUGCUGCACCAAGUUGUUUCAUAACGCCUUUGUGUGCAAGACAAAGGGCUGAACAUCCAGUAUGUGAAGCCAUGUGGUCAUCAGAAGAGAACAAAUAAAACAAUUGAAAUUAGAUUAAAGUUA